AUGUCGACCACGCCCACCCCCGCCGAAGACCAGGGACGGCUUCUUGAAGAGGCCUUGGGAGUGGUACGACAACAGUCGCAUAUGAUGCGGAAAUGCCUUGAAACACCUGGCAAGCUCAUGGAUGCUCUGAAAUGCGCAUCUACGUUUGUCUCGGAAUUGCGAACCUCAAGUCUAGGACCGAAACAAUACUAUGAAUUAUACAUGGCGGUCUUUGAUGCAUUGCGAUAUCUCUCCGUCUAUCUGCGUGAAAGCCACCCGGUGAAUCACCUUGCAGACCUGUACGAACUCGUCCAGUAUGCCGGCAACAUAAUACCUCGUUUGUAUCUCAUGAUCACAGUAGGAACAGUCUAUAUGUCAAUUGAAGAUGCCCCCGUCAAGGAGAUCAUGAAGGAUAUGAUGGAAAUGAGUCGAGGUGUCCAACAUCCCGUCCGCGGAUUGUUCCUGAGAUAUUACUUAUCCGGCCAGGCAAGAGAUCAUCUACCUGAGGGAACAGGUGAUGGUCCACAGGGAAAUAUACAAGACUCAAUUAGUUUCGUUUUGACCAAUUUCGUGGAAAUGAAUAAGCUUUGGGUUCGGUUACAGCACCAAGGCCAUUCUCGGGAGCGCGAGAAGAGAACGCAGGAACGAAAAGAGUUGGAAUUGUUGGUGGGAAGCAAUAUUGUUAGAUUGAGCCAAUUGGUGGAUUUGGAGACAUACAAGAACACCAUCUUGCCGCCUUUAUUGGAGCAGGUUGUUCAGUGUCGGGAUGUUUUGGCGCAGGAGUAUUUACUUGAAGUUAUCACAAAGGUCUUCCCCGACGAAUAUCAUCUUCAUACCCUGGAUCUACUACUCUCCAGCAUCGCUCGUCUGAACCCUUACGUUGAUAUGAAGAAGAUAGUCAUCGGCCUCAUGGACCGACUCUCUUCAUAUGCUAUCAAAGAUGCGGAGCAAACAGACGACCCUGAGAGGAAGAAGGAACAUGAAGAGGAAGCAGUCGCAAAAUUGCUGGAGAACUUCAAGUUGGCCGAGGAGAAGAAAGCUGAGACGGCUAGCGCUGAGCAGACUCAAGAAAACGGUGCUGCGCCUGAAGAGCCAGCUGCAGUAGCGGAAAGUAGUAGCAAACCAUCUGAAGAGCAAGGCACGAAUGGAGUCAAGGCACCCGCAGAAACCAAGCUCUAUGAGACUUUCUACGAGCAAGUCGUGAACUUGAUCAAGUCGAGGGGUUUGCCUAUCCAAGACACAAUUGCUUUAUUGGUGUCUCUCAUCAAUCUUGCUCUGAACAUACAUCCAGAUAAGCUUGAAUACGUUGACCAAGUGCUGAAUUAUGCAACUCAAAAAGCCGCCGAGCAUGCGGACCAAGCUGACUUGCACUCUGCGCCAGCUCAGCAAAAUUUACUGAACUUAUUACUCGCACCAGUCCGACUAUACGUUUCAAUAUUCACCGGUCUUGCAUUGCCACACUACAUCCCACUUUUGGCCUCUCAAUCUUAUCCUACACGAAGAGCAGUUGCAACUGAAGUUAUCAAGAAUAUUCUCACAAACAAGACUGCUAUUACAAGUUCGGAGAACCUGGACAGAGUUCUUCAGGUCCUCAAGGUUCUAAUCAAAGAGGGUGCACCUCAUCCUGCAGGAUAUCCUGGUGUACAUCCUCAGCGACGGGGUGAAACGGACGAGACAAUCGAGGAACAAGGAUGGUUGGCAAGGCUCGUGCACCUCAUCAAAGGACCGGACAAUGAUACACAACUCAAGCUUUUGCAAGCAGUCAGAACGGCUUAUGCGGAAGGCAAUGACCGGGUCAGGUAUACGACACCUGCGAUUGUGACAGUCUCGUUGCGUUUGGCUCGACAGCUUAAAUCUCGAGAACAUUACGACGACAACUGGCAGUCUCAGUCAUCAACAUUACACCGGUUCAUGCACCAGUGUAUUAGUAACCUCUAUCAGCGGGUCAAUAGUCCUGGAUGCGCAGACUUGUCCUUGCGCCUGUUCAUAAUGUGCGGUGAAGUUGCUGAUCAGACCGGCUUUGAGGAGGUUAGCUAUGAGUUCUUUGCCCAAGCUUUCACAAUCUACGAGGACGCUAUCAGCGAUUCGCGAGCGCAAUUCCAAGCUGUCUGCAUCAUCGCCAGUGCUCUACACAAUUCCAGAGGCUUCUCGAAGGAGAAUUAUGAUACUCUUAUCACCAAAGUGGCCUUACAUGGAAGCAAAUUGUUGAAGAAGCCAGAUCAAUGCAGGGCCGUCUAUUUGGCAAGUCAUCUAUGGUGGGUGGUGGAGAAUUCGCAGAGAGAAGAAGAUCCAAAAUCCCUAUAUCGCGACGGGAAACGUGUGCUCGAAUGUCUCCAACGUGCUCUCCGCGUUGCAGAUGCUUGUAUGGAUACUGCUGUUUCAGUGGAACUCUUUGUGGAAAUCCUCAACCGAUACGUCUACUACUUUGAUCAACAAAACGAGACCGUGACGACAAAGUACUUGAAUGGGUUGAUUGAGCUGAUACAUUCCAACCUACAAAGUAACGAAGGAGAAGCAAGUCCAAGUCUCGAAAAUCCCAAACGUCAUUUCCAGCGUACACUUGAGUAUAUUCGAUCGCGGGAUUAUGAGGGUGUUGUGACGGAGGCGAGGCAGUAG